UUCUCUUGCAGGAAUCAUGCCGGACAAGUUCACCUCCCCUGAUUUUUUAUCCCAGUUCAUUGAAAUGUACAGGCAGCUGCCCUGUUUAUGGCAAGUAAAAUCCAAAGAUUAUUCCAACCGUGAUAAAAAACAUGAAGCCCUGAGUAAACUUGUCGAACUGUGUAAAGCGGUGUGCCCAAAUCCAACAAUUGAUUAUGUGAGGAAUAAAAUUGCCAAUAUACGAACCGUAUUCAAAAAAGAACUGAACAAGGUUCGUGUUUCACAGACAUCUGGGGCAGGAACAGAUGAAAUUUAUGAACCACGGCUGUGGUAUUAUGAAAGUCUGCGCUUUCUGACAGACCAGGUUGAAGCCAGAGCAUCAGUGUGCAGCCUUUCAGGAACAUCUGCUGCAUCUCCAAACUCAGAGGAUGAGGAACAGGACAAUGUAGAGGAUCUACCCAUAUCACAGCUUCUGCAGGAGCAAGAAUCACAAGAAGACAUGUUCACGUCCAGGCCUGCUCUUCCACCCCUGGCUAGGAAGAAAAAAAGAAGUCUAGAUUCGGCUACAUGUUCCUUUCUGGAUAAGGCUGCAUCGGCAUUGCAGAACAAGUCCGAUGAAUCUGAUGGGUUUGGAGUCAUGAUUGCCAACAAGCAUAGAAAAAUGACUGACCAACAAAGAGAAUUUGCAGAGAGACUGGUUUUAGAAGUUCUUGCAAAGGGUAUCAGAGGAGAAUUGAGCGCUAAGACAAAAUUAAUAGAGGAACAGCCACCAACAACUUACCAGGCACCCAUGCAUUUUGCCCAAACGCAAGCAUCCAACCACCAGACUGGACAAUGGCAAUAUCCCUCCGGCCAAGUUCAUAGUUCUCCUUGGGGUCCAACUUAUACCAACAUAUAAUUUUUCAUCAAAUGUUGGAGUUGUAGUGUAAGGUUUUAAUUUUUCAAUAAUAAAUAUUACACAACGUAUGCCUGAUCUAUGUUGAGACAAUACAUUGUGUAAUAUUUAACACAUAGCAAAAGUGUUUGACAAUGGUUUUAUUUAUUCUGUUCAUUAAAUCAUAUAUUGUACUCUUUAUCUGUGCACAUCCCUCCCCUUCCCAAAAACAUGCAAGGAGUCAUGUGAAGUGUAAAUUCUUUUAUUUUUGCUUUUAGCAUGUUGUUUGCUAAACGUGCAUAUGAAGGCAUGAUAUGCAUAUUGUAUAAAAUAUAAAAAGUGUGAAACAUA